AUGGCUGACGAAAAGACCGCGGCCCCAACGGCCCCCGUGCCCGCAGAUGCCCCCCCUUCAUACGAUGCCUCGGCUCGCGAGCACGGCAGCCUCCCCAUUCGUACCCCGGGCGGCGCGCCCCCGCCUCCGCCGGGCCGGCGACGCGGUGGCAGCAUCCCGCCACAGCCCCUCGAGCUGCCGAUCCUCAAAUACAUGAAGACACACCGGGUCAUUCUGGCCUCGGCCUCCCCACGGCGCAGAGGCAUGUUUGCGCAGCUCGGCCUUGCGAACAUCGAGGUCCUCCCCAGCACGAAGCCCGAGAACCUCUCCAAGGUCGAGCUCGGGCCGUUCGAGUACGUGGCCGCCACAGCCCAGCAGAAGGCUCUCGACGUGUACCAGCUCGCCCUCGACCGUGCCGAAGAAGCCGUCGCGUCCGGGGCCAAGCCAGAUACCAGUAGCAACAGCACCACCACCACCGCCGACGCUAACAAGAACCCAGCCAAGGAGCCCGACUUGGUGAUAUCGGCCGACACGAUCAUUGUCUCGCGGGACGGCCGGAUCCUCGAGAAGCCGCCCAGCGAGGCCGCGCACAUCCGCAUGCUGCAGCAUCUGCGCGACACGAGGGUGCACCGAUGCCUGACGGCCGUGUGCGCCGUCGCGCCGAAGCAGGACGCCAGCCACCCUGGAUACGAGAUCCAGACGCACGUCGAGGAGACAAAGGUCUUCUUCGCGAGGGAGAGCGACGGCCUGCCGGACGACGUGAUCGAGUCAUAUGUCAAGACGCGCGAGGGCGUGGACAAGGCUGGCGGGUACGCUGUGCAGGGGAUUGGCGGCAUGGUCCUCGUCGAGAGGGUCGAGGGCAGCGUGGACAAUGUGAUUGGUCUUCCGAUGCGCAAGACGCUGCAGCUUUGUGAGAGGGUGGUGUUCAAGCAGGGUAUGGCGUUCGACGAGGACGAGGAUGACGAGGAUGAUUACUGA